AAUUUUGUUAGACGGUAGCAAUUUUGUUAGGAAUUUAGCUAAAUCUAAAUUUUCAUAAUUAAUAGAGCGCGAAUUCCUCAACGCGCCGCCGAUAUGACGGAGCCGAGGCGAUUGAGAGGGCACAACGCCGCCGCCACUUGUUGCAUCGCUUCCCGAGCCCGACCAGGCUUCAUCGCCACAGCCGCCGAGGAUGGUCGCGUUUGCUUUUAUGAUUUGCGGUGCAAAGAUAUGCUGUUCUCUAUGGAUGUGGGGAAUGGUAACCCUGUUUCAUCUUUAUGCUUUAAGCCAGGGAAUGAAGAGAUCAUCUAUGUUUCUGUAGAAAAUGAAGUCAAGUGCUUUGAUUUACAUAUGACAAAUUCGUGGAAGCAACUAGAAGAAAGCUACAAUUAUAAUAAGGAUGAGAUAAAUCAGAUCGCUUGUCACCCAAAAUCAUCCUUUCUAGCUGCUGCAGAUGAUGCAGGAGAUGUAAAGAUCGUUGAUGUUCACCAACGAUGUCUAUACAAAACAUUGAGAGCAGGUCACCAGAGUAUCUGCAGCAGUGUCCAGUUCCUUCCUUGGAGAUCUUGGGAAGUCAUCACUGGUGGUCUAGAUUCAAAACUUGCACUUUGGGACUUCUCCAAAGGGCGUCCAAACAAAAUUAUGGACUUUGGCAGCGGAGGCAAUGCCGGGCAGUGCUAUAACCCAGCUUUUGUGCAUGCUCUAGUAGUUCCUGACCUUGAUUUUGUAGAUAGUGUUGGCAAGAUCUGUGUUGUGGCUAGGGGCGAUGGUGUUGUCAAUGUAAUUAAUCUUGAGCCCGAACAUGCUGCUCAAAAAUCCAAAAAUACAUCAAAGCCAAAGAUGGGUACUAAAUCACAACCGAAAGAGGAUUCCCCAACCGUGGAUCAAAAUGACAGAAACCUACAUUUGGACUACUCGAAGGGAGGACAUGUGGCUGCAGUAUCCUCUGUGAGCUUUUCUACGUUUGGAGAGAAAGGGAAGUUUAUCAUUUCUGGUGGAAACGAUAAGUCAGUAAAAGUCUGGGAUUGGAUGAAAUCGCAUGAUGAUGGUGGACAAACUAGCAACGGCAGCAGUGAUAUUCUAUGUUCCAGCAUUACUCUGAGUAGAAAGGUGAAUUGGCUCUGCACAACUCCCUCGGAUUCGGAAAAUCUAGUUGUCUGUGAUACAUCUAAACUAGUAAAGGUUUAUACAAUUGAAAUUAGAAAGAAAAAAGAAAAAAAGAUGAUCCUUCUCCAUCACCUUGUGCUUAAAGCUUCAUUCCACCAAACUCAACAGCCUUUCCCAAUUUUAUUUCAUAUUCAUCAAACACAACACUUAAUAUUCCUUGAUUUUGUCCCUCAAAUCAUUUCCACAUAUAUAUUACCAUACUUGGAAAUCUUCUACUUCCAGCCUGAGAGAGAAAAUACUCUGGGGAGAAUUAGAAAGCUGCUAUUUGCAGAAGGUGGCAAAGUAAAGAUGAUGGAAUCUGGAAUUCCCAUAUGCAACACUUGUGGAGAACAAGUGGGAUUAAACUCCAAAGGUGAAGUCUUUGUAGCCUGUAAUGAAUGCAAUUAUCCCAUUUGCCAACAUUGUUUGGAUUACGAGAUCAAGGAAGGCCGUACCGCCUGCAUCCGCUGUGCCACUCCUUAUGCUGAAGAUGGUGCAGCAGUGGCUGAAGAAUCUGGCAAUCAUAUUCCAACUAUACAUACUUCUCAGGAAACUGGAGUUCAUGCUAGAAAUAUCAGUACUGUUUCCACAAUAGACAGUGAAUACAUGGAUGAUUCUGGAAAUCCGAUAUGGAAGAAUCGGGUGGAAAGUUGGAAAGACAAGAAGAAUAAGAAGAGCAAAGCUCCCAAAAAGGAUAAAAAAGCAGAAAUAGUUCCAACUGAACAGCAAAUGGAUGGCCAACCUCAGUCAGUGGAUGCUUCUCAGCCACUUUCCAGAGUGAUCCCUAUACCGAAAACCCAGCUCACAUCAUACAGAGCUGUGAUCAUCAUGCGACUCAUCAUCCUCGCCCUUUUCUUCCAAUAUCGUGUCACACAUCCUGUUGACAGUGCCUUUGGUCUAUGGCUGACUUCUGUCAUCUGUGAGAUAUGGUUCGCCUUCUCUUGGGUGCUCGAUCAGUUCCCCAAAUGGUGUCCUAUCAACAGAGAGACCUUCAUUGACCGCUUGUCUGCUAGGUAUGAGCGCGAGGGGGAGCCGUCUGAGCUUGCUGCUGUGGAUUUCUUUGUGAGUACAGUGGAUCCAUUGAAGGAGCCUCCUUUGAUAACAGCAAACACAGUCCUCUCGAUCCUCGCAGUGGAUUACCCAGUUGAUAAAGUCUCUUGCUAUGUAUCUGAUGAUGGUGCAGCCAUGCUUACCUUCGAGUCCCUUGUAGAGACGGCUGAUUUUGCAAGAAAAUGGGUGCCCUUCUGCAAGAAAUUUGCCAUUGAGCCUCGUGCCCCGGAAUUCUACUUCUCACAGAAGAUCGACUACUUGAAGGAUAAAAUCCAACCUUCCUUUGUCAAGGAACGCAGAGCAAUGAAGAGAGACUACGAAGAGUAUAAAGUUCGGAUUAAUGCUUUAGUAGCAAAGGCCCAGAAAACACCAGAUGAAGGGUGGAUCAUGGCUGAUGGAACAUCUUGGCCUGGAAACAACCCCCGCGAUCAUCCCGGAAUGAUUCAGGUGUUUUUGGGAAACACGGGCGCACAUGAUACCGAUGGCAAUGAGCUGCCGAGGUUGGUUUAUGUCUCUAGAGAGAAGAGACCUGGUUACCAACAUCACAAGAAGGCUGGUGCAGAAAAUGCUCUGAUAAGAGUUUCUGCUGUUCUAACAAAUGCUCCGUAUAUACUCAAUCUCGAUUGUGAUCACUACGUGAACAACAGCAAGGCUAUUCGUGAGGCAAUGUGUUUCUACAUGGAUCCUCAAGUCGGCCGCGACGUCUGCUACGUUCAGUUCCCCCAGAGGUUCGAUGGCAUUGACAAGAGCGAUCGAUAUGCCAACCGUAACACAGUUUUCUUCGACGUGAACAUGAAAGGAUUGGAUGGAAUUCAAGGACCAGUGUAUGUCGGGACAGGAUGUGUCUUCAACAGACAAGCCCUUUACGGCUAUGGCCCUUCAAAUCUACCCACUCUGCCUGCCAAGUCAUCGUCGUCGUCUUGCUGCUGCUGUCGUAGAAAGAAGCCCGCGAAGGAGAAGGAUUUCGCAGAGACGUAUCGUGAUGCCAAACGAGAAGACCUCAACGCUGCCAUCUUCAACCUCAGAGAAAUCGACAAUUACGAUGAGCACGAGAGGUCAAUGCUCAUCUCCCAGAUGAGCUUCGAGAAGACCUUCGGGCUGUCUAGCGUCUUCAUCGAGUCGACACUGCUGGAAAACGGAGGAGUGGCUGAUUCCGCGAAUCCAUCAACGCUGAUCAGAGAAGCAAUCCAUGUGAUCGGGUGCGGGUAUGAAGAGAAGACGGCAUGGGGGAAGGAGAUCGGCUGGAUCUACGGGUCGGUUACAGAGGAUAUUCUGACGGGAUUCAAGAUGCAAUGCCGCGGCUGGAGAUCAAUCUACUGUAUGCCUUUGAGGCCAGCUUUCAAGGGAUCGGCGCCGAUCAACUUGUCGGACAGGCUGCACCAGGUCCUGCGAUGGGCGUUGGGAUCCGUCGAGAUCUUCCUGAGCAGACAUUGCCCCUUGUGGUACGGCUUCGGCGCCGGCCGCCUCAGAUGGCUGCAACGCCUCGCCUACAUCAACACCAUCGUUUACCCUUUCACCUCUCUCCCUCUCGUCGCCUACUGCACCCUCCCCGCGAUAUGCCUCGUCACCGGCAAAUUCAUCAUCCCCACGCUGUCGAAUCUGGCGAGCGUGCUGUUUCUAGGGCUUUUCAUCUCGAUCAUCCUGACGAGCGUGAUCGAGCUGCGGUGGAGCGGCGUGAGCAUCGAGGCGCUGUGGCGUAACGAGCAGUUCUGGGUGAUCGGCGGCGUGUCGGCGCAUCUCUUCGCGGUGUUCCAGGGGUUCCUGAAGAUGCUGGCGGGGGUGGACACGAACUUCACGGUGACGGCGAAGGCGGCGGACGACGGGGAGUUUGCGGAUCUGUAUGUAUUCAAGUGGACGACGGUGCUGAUCCCGCCGACGACGAUCCUGAUCAUGAACCUGGUCGGAGUGGUGGCCGGAUUCUCAGACGCGCUGAACAGCGGGUACGAGUCGUGGGGCCCGCUGUUCGGGAAAGUGUUCUUCGCGUUUUGGGUGAUUCUGCAUCUGUAUCCGUUCCUGAAAGGUCUGAUGGGGCGGCAGAAUCGGACCCCCACCAUUGUUGUGCUGUGGUCGGUGCUUCUGGCGUCUGUUUUCUCUCUGAUAUGGGUGAAGAUCGACCCCUUCGUCAGCACCAAUGAUGCGUCGGCGGCUGCGGCCAGCUGCAUCUCCAUUGAUUGUUAGAGAGGAAGCUCUUUCAAAUUUGCCGCCACCAAUAAUGGGAACUCUUUAUAAGUUGAUAGUAAUUCAGAUUUUUGAGACUUUUAUUUUGUGAGAGAAUGAUGAUCGGCAUGCUUGCUCAGAUUGAUUACUGUUUUAGUUUAAUGUGAAUACGUGGGUUUGAAGGGACAAUUUCUUCUUACGCGGGUUUCAAAGAAUGGUGAUCGACACGACAACAACACAACACGCACGAUUUGCCACUCCUAGUAACCACUACUCCAACGUUGAUAGUUGCACGUCAGAUUAUUUUUCGAAUUAUCUCUUCUUUUGAUAGUCAGACAAUUAAUCUCAGGCAUGUUAUUUUUUGGUUUUUUGAA